AUGACAAAACCGAUAAAACCCCGGUUUAUUUUUACACGCGGAAGCAUAUGCCCACGAGCCCUUCUGAAUAUCCCGAAAAAGAAAAUCAACUCUUCAAUCCACACAGACAAGCCCGUCCUCUCCCCGCACCCUUCUUCCCUCUUCCUCCCGCGGACCUCCCGACCCAAAGAUCUCUUCCGAUCCGCCGCCGCCUCCCCUACAGCCGCCGCCGCGCCGUGCCUUAGCGCCAGCCACCGCCGACCCUUCAGCCCGCUCCCCACCCCUCACCCCACCCCCCUCGUACUCGCGCCCAUCGCCGCCCCCGGUUGCCCUCAUCGUCGCAUCGCGUUCCCGCCCUCUCCGCCCCUGCCGCAGUCUUUGGGUCCUGAGGAACACACCAUGGAGAUCAGGCCAAUGGUAGCCCUGCGUGCUGCCCUAGUAGGCGGUGUAGCUGCAUUCGCAAAGAUCGCCGGGGCGAUGAAAGCUGCAGGCGGCGUGAAGGUUGGUGCGGCAGCUGCAGCCAUGACAGCCGCAGCGACGGCUGCCGUAUCAGGAAAAGACGCGGGUAAUGAUAACCAAAAGCCGGGGGCAACAAAAUGAUACGUGCCACGGAUUUGCUGGAGAAGCAGCGUUCUAAAAUGCUUCUCCAUAGCGUGUAGACCAGCAUUCGGCAGUUUAUCAGUGCCGAAGAGCUGUGGAAGCUAAUCGUGGCCUUCGGGAGGAGGCCGCAUUCGCAAUAAAUAAGUUUUGCCAGAGCAAUUCCCAUGAUAAUACAUGUGUUUUUGUAACUCGGGGUAUAAUGUCCCGAUUUUUUCUUCCUGUUGAUUGUUUUGCUCCCAUGAUACAUUAUCAGUGCUGAACUGCCCUGAAACUGUAGUGUCAGGCACCAAAUUCCAGGACCGUGCCAGUGCUAAUUCCUCAGUAAACGGUUCUAGUAAGCACAUGCAUCUCUCAGCAUUUGGUCGCGGCCAAAUUUUUUUUUUUACUGCA